AUGCUUCAAAGAUCCCUAUAUUUAUCGGCAAUUAAGGAUACUGUCUUCAAAAGGCAACUACCACCAUCUAUGCGGAGAUUCAAACAUAGCGUUAUUGGCAUUGAUCUUGGUACCACCAAUUCCGCAGUUGCGGUAGUCGAAGGCAAGGAUGCAAGGAUUCUCGAAAAUGAAGAAGGCGGGAGAACAACCCCUUCUGUCGUGGCAUUCACAAGAGACUCACAAACCUUGGUAGGGCUUCCUGCAAAGAGACAAGCUCUUAUUAAUCCACGGAACACCUUCUUUGCCACAAAGAGGUUAAUCGGUCGAAAGUUCGAAGACGAAGAGGUGCAAAAAGAUAUCAACAAUGUGCCCUAUUCAAUUGUUCGGCAUGAAAGUGGAGAUGCAUAUGUCCAAACAUCAGACGGUGUUCGGUAUUCACCCUCUCAGGUGGGAAGUUUCAUAUUGAAUAAGAUGAAGCAAGUUGCUGACACUCAUCUUCCUUCCGAAGCCAAACAUGCGGUAGUCACCGUUCCAGCGUACUUCAAUGAUUCACAGCGACAAGCCACCAAGAAUGCUGGGAAACUAGCUGGCCUAGAUGUGUUGCGUGUCAUCAAUGAACCGACAGCAGCAGCAUUGGCCUAUGGCAUUAACGAGAAACAGAAUGAUGGUGUGGUGGCUGUCUUCGAUUUUGGUGGUGGGACCUUUGAUGUAUCCAUUUUGGAUAUCGAGGACCGUGUUUUCGAAGUCAGAGCGACGAAUGGGAACACACAUUUAGGUGGCGAAGAUUUUGACAUAUUGCUCUUGGAUUAUAUCCUCGAUGACUUCAAACGUAAAACAGGAAUUGACCUUUCCGAAAAUAGGAUGGCGGUUCAGCGGGUGCGUGAAGCAGCUGAGAAAUGCAAGAUUGAACUCUCCCAUGUCAAGGAGUCGGAAAUUAACAUUCCUUUUAUUUAUGAAGACAAGCAUAUUCAAAUGCGGUUGACAGAAGAUGAAUUAGACAAUAUGUCUCUACAUUUGAUUAACAAGACGAUUGAUCCAGUGAAGAGAUGUAUUCGUGAUGCCGAAUUGACUGUUAAAGACAUCGAUGAAGUUAUACUUGUUGGAGGAAUGACCAGAAUGCCGAAGAUCCGUAAAGUUGUUGAGGACCUUUUUAAGAAGACUCCAAACACCAGUGUGAACCCAGAUGAGGCUGUUGCGUUGGGUGCAGCCAUCCAAGGAGCAGUUUUAUCUGGUCAAAUAAAGGACGUUGUUCUCUUGGACGUGACUCCGUUGACUUUGGGAAUUGAAACGUACGGGGGAAUUUUCAGUCCGCUUAUCCCUAGAAACACCGCAGUUCCUGUGAGGAAGGAACAGGUCUUCUCCACUGCUGUAGAUGGUCAAACCGGCGUUGAAAUUCGGGUGUUUCAAGGUGAGCGUCCUAUGGUGAAGGACAACAAACUCAUUGGCAAUUUUAAGUUGGCAAAUAUCCCAUAUGGACCGAAAGGAACUCCACAAAUUGCUGUGUCGUUUGAUAUUGAUGCUGAUGGUAUCAUAAAUGUUUCUGCUACUGAUAAGACACCAUAUGAUAAGGACUCUCCGCACUAUAACAAACCGAACUCGGUUUCAAUUCAAGUAUCUGGACAAACUGGUUUGUCGGAACUGGAGGUCCAGGACAUUUUAAAGCAGAGUGCAGCAAAUGCCAAGAAGGAUGCAGAGUAUAAGAAGCAUGUUGAAAACGCCACCAGAGUGGACAUUCUUUGUACUGAUGCUGAGAAUGCCUUGGCUCAAUUUGGAGAGUUGAUGGAAGAAGAAGAAAAGAAGCAGAUUAAGGACGUCUUGUCAGACUUGCGGAGCAAAGUCAUCGAUGUGAGAGAGAGAGAAAUCUUACACGAUGUUGGCCUGAUGACUGAGCAAGUCAAUCACUUACAAAGUAUCUGUAUGGCCGCUAUCCAAAAGGUUGCUUUGAAACAGAAACAAUUGCAAGACACGAAGUAA